GGAGCAAAAUGUCUCGAAAAAUAAAAAACAUCAAUGAAGAGUUGAGGGCUAUCAAUGAGUUAGCCAAAGACCUCGGUCUCCAAUCACUCAUAGUUCCUUCUCAGCAAAUACUACCGAUUCGAGAAACAGAUUCCUUAGUAGUUGCUUCGGAUGUCGUUGGUAGAGACAAGGAUGUUGCUGAAAUUAAGGAGAAGAUGUUGAACAUGAGAAUGGAAGUUGUUCUGUGCGCCAUUCCCAUAGUGGGCAUGGGGGGUUUAGGGAAAACUACUAUUGCUAAGAGAAUUUUCAAUGAUGAACAAAUCAAGCAAAACUUUGAAAAGAGAGUUUGGUUGUGUCUACCUGAAAUGUCAGACACUAAGAGCUUUCUUCAACAGAUCCUCGAAUCGUUGACAGAGAGAAAACUUGAGGUCCAAACCAGGGAUAUAAUAGUCAAGAAACUCCGAGAUGAACUAGGAGGAAAAAGAUAUUUGCUUGUCUUAGAUGAUUUGUGGCGUGUUGACCUUCCAGUGUGGGAUGAGUUCAUGGACAGCUUGAGAGGAGUAAACACUUCCACAGGAAACUGCAUUCUUGUGACGACUCGUAUGAAACUGGUGGCGUCCACAGUAGCAGCAGUGGGUCCUCAUAUGUUGGAAAAAUUAACAGAAGAUCAAUGUUGGUCUAUUUUCAAACAAAAAGCAUUUGUUGAUGGGGAAGUACCGGAGGAAAUACUGAGCGAGGAGAACAGGAUUGUUGAAAUGUGUCAAGGUCUACCGUUGGCAGCAAGUGUGUUGGGAGGCCUCUUGCGCAACAAGGAGAAACAUGAAUGUCGGGCAAUUCUUGAUGAAAACCCCCUUGUUGCAGGUGAAGAUGAUAAUGGAGAAAAUAGCUUAAAGAAAAUCCUAAAACUCAGUUAUGUUUAUCUACCAUCUCCAUAUCUAAAAAAAUGUUUUGCUUACUUUGCAAUGUUUCCAAAAGAUUUUAAGUUUGAAAAGGACCAACUAAUCCAACUCUGGAUGGCAGAAGGAUUUCUUCGUCCAUGUCAAGAGACCACUGUGAUGGAAGACGUCGGGAACAAGUUCUUCCAACUCUUGCUGCAAUAUUCCUUGCUGCAAGAUGUUGAGCUAGAUGUGUACAACAAUAUAACACUCUGUAAGAUGCAUGAUUUUGUGCAUGAUUUGGCUGGAGAUAUCUUAAAGUCUAAACUAUUUGAUCAAAAGAGUGUUGGAGGAGAAAAUCUUUCUCAAGUUCGAUACUUUGGAUGGGAAUCACCAAGUGAUCAAAUAGAUAAGAUAAACGAGCCAGGACGUUUGUGCACAUUGUUCUGGGAAAGAAAUAUAUCUGAAGAUAUGCUGUUGAGCUUUCAGUUCUUGAGAGUUUUAAAUUUGUCCGGAUCUUGGAUGGAGGAGUUGUCAGCCAAAAUCGGCAAGCUAAUAUACUUGAGAUAUCUUGAUCUCUCCAACACUGAGAUCAAAGACUUUCCCAACUCCAUUUGCAAGCUCUACAAUUUGCAAACAUUUAGAGUCAAUGACUGUCCUUCACUCAGGAAGCUUCCAGAAGAAAUGGCAAAUAUGAUAAGUCUGAGACACAUAUAUUGCAGCUGUGAUUACCUAUCAGGAAUUCAUGAUCAGUUUCAGAUGCCACUUAAUAUGGGGCAAUUGACUAGUCUUCAGACGCUACAGUUUUUCUGCGUAGGUUUAAAGAAAGGUCGUCAAAUAGAGGAAUUAGGUCAUUUAAAAAACCUUAGAGGUGAAUUGACGAUCAAACAUCUCCAAUUGGUCGGAAAUAAAGAAGAGGCUCGAAGAGCAUAUUUACAGGAGAAGCCAAAUAUCUACAAGCUGGCAUAUUUAUGGUCCCAUGAUGAAUCAGAAGGCUGUGAGAUCAAUGAUGAGCAUGUGUUGGAUGGUCUUCAACCGCAUCCUAACUUGAAAACAUUUGAAGUGGUGAACUAUUUGGGGACUAGAUUUCCUUCAUGGUUCAGUGAAGAAUUGCUACCAAAUUUGGUCAAGUUGAAAUUAAGUGGUUGCAAAAGGUGCAAAGAAAUUCCAUCGCUUGGCCAACUGAAAUUCCUUCGGCAUCUUGAGCUGGUAGGAUUCCAUGAGUUGGAAUGCAUUGGACCUGUUUUAUAUGGUGUUGAGGUUAGCAAUAUUGGAUCAAGCAGCAAUAUCCAAGUGUUCCCGUCAUUGAAAGAACUAAUAUUGGGGGAUAUGGCUAAACUUAUUGAGUGGAAGGGAGAUGAAGUUGGAGUAAGAAUGUUUCCUAGGCUUGAGAAGUUGAGGAUUGCAGUGUGUCCACUGUUAAAAAGUACUCCAAGUCACUUUGAAAUCCUCCGUGAAUUAGUGAUUGAAUGCGUUGACAGUGAAAUGCCAUUGUUGAACUUGUGCAGCAACUUGACAUCUCUCUUAGAGCUUAGAGUAUAUAAGGUGAAAGAGCUCACUUGUCUUCCCGAUGAGAUGCUACGCAACAGCGUUUCUCUUCAAUACCUAUCGAUCUCAGAAUGUGGAGAGUUUCGUGAAUUGCCACAAAGCUUGUACAAUCUCCAUUCUCUUGAGACUUUACGUAUUAUCCGCUGCACCAAUUUCAGUUCUUUUCCUGCUCCCAGUGGAGAGAACUAUUUGACUUCCCUCCGAAGUCUUGAGUUACGGAAUUGUGAUGGAUUGGCCAGUUUACCAAGUGGAAUGCUAGAGCAAUGCCUGUCUCUACAGUCUUUGUCGGUCAUCAGGUGUAAGAACUUGGUUUCCUUGCCUUUACAGGUGUGGGAAAUGCCCUCACUUUCAUAUUUGAGUAUAUCAGAAUGUCCCAAAUUGAUUAGUGUACUCACAGGGGGCCUUCACCGUCUCCCUGGGUUACGGCAUUUGGGAAUUGGUCCUUUCUCAGAGAUGGUGGAUUUUGAGGCAUUCCAAUUGAUAUUUGAUGGCAUUCAGCAGCUAUCGUCCCUUCGUCGUUUGGAGGUGUCUGGAAAUACGCAAUGGGAUUCUCUGCCCUAUCAGCUUAUGCAACUCUCUGCCCUAACAGAAAUCACAAUAAAUGAUUUCGGAAUCGAGGCUCUUCCUCAUAGACUUGACAACCUUACUUCUCUUGAAAGAAUAGCACUAGAGAGGUGCAGACGGCUACAACAUCUGAACUUCUCCGAUGCCAUGCCCAAAUUACGGGUUUUGUGGAUAUCUGGUUUUCCAUUGUUAGAAGCUCUGUCGGAUGGGCUCGGCAACCUUGUUCGUUUGGAAGAGUUGAGUUUAUGUAACUGCAAAAAACUAGAGCAUCUGCCAUCCUGAGAUGCCAUGCGACGCCUCACCAAAUUAAGGAUUCUGGAAAUUCAUGGCUGCCCAAAGUUAGAAGAAAGUUGCACCAACUCCCAGUUGUCCAAGAUUUCCCAUAUUCCAAAUAUUGUAGUAGGGGAGGCCGGAGGAUGAUUCAAAACUUACGUUACUAGUUCCAAGGUCAUGCUAGAACUUCGCUGCGGUAUCCCAUGAGCGGCAGGCAAUUAUGUUUGGUAAAUUUUCAUUUAAUUUUGUAUCAAGAAGAGAAUCUUCAGCUGUAGAUUCAUUACGGGACACUUGCAUGAGUAUUU